AUCACACUUUCGUUUCCUCAAUUAUCAUUGCCGAUGUGUUCCCUAUUAAAGGAGCUUGUAAGCCAGAUAAAAGAAAUACAAUCUGAUUUGAAGGAUGACACCCACUUAGGACCAGAUAGAGCGGAUUGGAGCCGCAAUGAAGUUCGCAGAAUGAAGAACUGCUUGGGAAGAGUAAUUCUCUUCACGAGGUCCUUGAGAGAGACAUUUGCCGAAAGUCCUGGGUCCGGCGAUCAAGACCCAGCCUCGAAGGCUACAGUUCUGUUGCGAUGCACUCGGUACAUUAAGCGUUUGUCUACGAUCCUGCCACUACUUGAGGCUGAAGAAAGCUUAAAUAAAGUGAAUAAAACGCUAUUUCAGCUGGACGUUGAUACCAUUCUUUUUGAACUGGAGUGUAUUGUCAAAGAGGCCUUAAAACCUCCUUCCGCUCCGCAAUUUGCCUAUCCAGAACCUUGUUGUACUACUGCGGAAACUUGCGUAAAACAAAGUUCGAUUUGUGAGCUAAAUAAACUGCGGCUAAUGCUGAGAACUGCGGAGAAGAAGAAGGAGCUAGAAGUAAUGGGCCACAAUUUAAUGAUAAUGAAGGAGAAAACUUUGGUCCUUCAGGCCCGUAGAAAACAAGAGGUAGCGGAACAUAGACUAGCUGAGGAGCAGGAUCGCAACAAGGCACUCGAAGAAUGCCUGACCAAAUGCCAGAUACAUUUAAAGGACAUCACCGAACAGUAUCAGAAAUUGAAGGAAGCCAGCAAGCAAUUAAUCAAGGAGAGAAAUCAGAUUAGGCCACAGAAAAGAUGUCCUCAAAGUUGGAAUGCUCAAGUUGUGCGCAGAAAAAGCAGAAUAUCGACUAGGAAAAGCCUCGUAUGGGAGUCGGUUAAGCUAAAUCAAUCGGAACAGGAGACUCUUAUGAAACUGAAGACUCGCCUUAGUGAGGAAAAAGAUAUUAGGGUGAGAGCUAAGACCGCAAUGUGUAAAAUCAAAAAGGACAUGGACGCGUUGUAUUUUGGGAAAGCACUACUGCGAUUGGGGUUACAAAAAGAGAGCAAGUCAGGUACAAAUGCAAUUCGGAGUUUAAGAAAAAACAGUAAGGAUACCUUGGUUGUCAUUGACAAAGCCUUGAGUGCUCUUUCCCAUUACAACAGACUUAAAUUUCCGUACUGCAGAUUCAAGUUAAGCCGCCUCAUGGAAUGUCUUUACGACAACAUGAUGACGAUCCGAAAAAGAUGGAUCCGAAAAAUUAGCAGUGCAGUGGAACCAAAAUUAAGCGGUUCCGAAAGUAGAACUCUCUUUUUACCAAAGCCACCAAUGGCAGUUUCUUAUUCGCCACCCGAGCUUUUUUGGGACAAGAUAUACAAGCCCUGCACCCAGUCAAAACCUAUUACGUCCAAUGCGAGUUUAAUCCCGGUUUUGCCUAAGAAACAGUACAAACCCCUAUCCUUAGUGCCUUUAGUUCCCCGUAAAGUGCCGACCCGCGUCCCCUGCACAGCAUCGGUGCCGAAGUACCUGGGAAAAACAUUCGGCGAUCGACGCCUGAGUCUGCUCCGCUGGUGCCGAGAAAGGGUUAAACCAUACGGCAUUCCCAUGUACGAGUUCAGUGCCUCGUGGAGCAGUGGCCGUGCUCUGUGCGCCAUCAUCCACUCCUACCGCCCCGACCUGGUUGACAAAACCUAUCUCGGCCAUAGGAGAACCGAGGAGGCCUUGGCAUAUGGCAUUCAAGUUGCCAAAUCCCUUGGUGUUUCUGAAUCCGUCGACCUGAUUGGCGAGCUCCGCCAGGGGCAUCCAAACUUAGAGAAGGUGGUCGGUUUCGUGGAGGAGCUGCAGAGCCUACUGGAACCAGGUGUAUAAGAAAAAUUAUAAAUUC